ACUGGACAGAAACCCGUUUUGUUUCAGAGCUCUAGCAGUGUUUAAGUCAUGGGGAUAUUAGAUCUAUUCCUCCAGACUUCCAGUUCUGUCUCCCUGUUGGGGGCUCUACUGGUUGUGCUGCUGGUCUACCUUGUGUCCUCCUCCAGCUUCAGCUCCCAGGAACACAGGAAAGAACCUCCAGGACCCAGACCACUUCCCCUGCUUGGAAACCUGCUGCAGCUGGACCUCAAGAGAACCUACCACUCAUUACUGAUGUUGUCUAAGAAAUAUGGAUCAGUGUUCACCAUUUAUUUGGGACGCAAGAAAGUGGUGGUUCUAGCCGGAUACAAGACGGUGAAGGAAGCGCUUGUUAACUGUGCUGAAGAGUUUGGAGACAGAGACCCGAUGUUAAUUAUGCAAGAAACUAGUGGCGGACAUGGGGUUAUAUGGUCCAAUGGGGAUGCGUGGAAAGAAAUGAGGCGCUUUACCUUGACAAACCUAAGAGAUUAUGGGAUGGGUAAAAAAGCGUGUGAGGAAAAAAUUAUCGAGGAAUGCCAGUACCUCACUGAAGUGUUUAACAAGUUUAAAGGAGAAGCCUUUGACACGACCCAACCAUUGAGCUGUGCAGUCUCUAAUAUCAUCUGCUCCAUGGUCUAUGGAAACAGAUUUGAAUAUGAUGAUCCAGAGUUUACGUCUUUGGUUUAUCGAUCAAACAAACAAUUUCAACUCCUGGCCUCUGCAUCAGUGCAGUUAUACAACCUGUUCCCAUGGAUUGGUAAAUUCUUCAGUAACCCGAAGGCUGUAAAGAAAAUGAUUGAAGACAAUAAGGAACAGAACUUAAAGCUGUUCAGACGUCUGAAAGAGACUCUCAGUCCACAGAUGUGCAGAGGAUUUGUAGACGCCUUUCUGGUUCAAAAGGAACAUAUGGAGAAAUCUGAGAACAGCAACAGUCACUACCACGAUAAAAACCUCAUGCUAACAGUUCUCAAUCUGUUUGCUGCCGGGACUGACACAACUGCAACUACACUGAGAUGGGCGCUGCUGCUUAUGACCAAGUAUCCACAAAUACAGGACCAGGUCCAGGAGGAGCUGCGGAGGGUGAUAGGAAGUCGUCAGGUGCAGGUUGAAGACAGGAAGAACCUGCCCUUCACUGAUGCUGUCAUCCAUGAGACGCAGAGACUGGCCAACAUCGCCCCCCUGUCUCUGCCUCACAAGACCAGCCAAGACGUCACCUUCCAGGGUCACUUCAUUGAGAAGGGGACCACAGUGUAUCCUCUGUUGACAUCUGUCCUGUACGAUGAGGAUGAGUGGGAGAAACCUCACUCCUUCUACCCCGCCCACUUCCUGAACAAAGAGGGAAAGUUCGUCAAGCGAGACGCCUUCAUGCCUUUUUCUGCAGGCCGCAGGGUUUGUCUCGGAGAGAGUCUGGCCAGGAUGGAGCUCUUCAUCUUCUUCGUCACCUUCCUGCAACACUUCCGUUUCUCUUGUCCACCUGGAGUUUCAGAGGACGACCUGGAUCUGACUCCAUGUGUGGGCUUGAGCCUCACCCCUCCAGCCCAUAAAAUUUGUGCCAUUCCCUGUAUGUGAGGAGGAGGGUGAGGGCGUGGAUGAGACAAAUCAGAUACAAUCAAAUAGCGAACAAAUAUGAUCAGCAGCAUUAAUGUGAGGAUUUUGAAAUUAAAUGUUAACCCUAGAUUAGGGACCUCAGAGAGAUGAUUUUAUAUCUGAUUAUUUGCCCUUGUAACAAAACAAACUGUAAAUUCUCUGAUGGUAGUUAGUGAGUAGUUCCAUUCUUAGGAAGAUAGAAGUUCACCAGUGGAGCUAUGGAGACUUCAGGAUUCACCCUCUCAUGGAUCACCCUGGAAAAGGGAACAUAGUCAGACCAGUGUGAUUUGCUUGUGUGCAGGAGUGUUGAGGAACAUGAGAGUGGCAAUAGAAAUGCUCCUCGCUAUGACACGACAGAACGGGAGGUGAGACGGGAUUCAAACCAUCACAGCACUUCGGGUUCGCGGCGAGCGGAUGGUGAGACUGUUGUUCUGCUGGACGCAGGAAAACAAAUGAUCAUGAUUGCAGUGAUGACUCGUGGAUAACUUCUCUCAAAGAUUUCAUGACGACAACAUCUGGACCUUCUGCUCCUGGAGAAAGACUUUAGAGAAGGUUUGUCCACUAUGAAGAUCUCUACAGGGAUGUAACAGCAAGUCUCUGUCAGCAGUCUUAUUAGGAAUCAUUUUAGGCCUUUGAAAUGGAGGCUUUAAGGUUGACUCUGGUGUGUCAACCAUGUUCAUUGAAUUGUUUGAUUAUGCUCCAUGGAAACAUCCCACACCCUUUGUCCACAGAAACAACUUGACAUGAUGUGAAGCCCGAGGGCCUCAUCCACCGGUUCUCUGCAUCAUGGCUGCUACAGUUGAUUCAGAUCAUUUCUCCUGUGGGAAGUGCAGAACAGAAUGAUGUGCAAUGACUCUAUCUACUGGAGUGAUGUUGAACUGAAUAUAAAAAUAUAAAAUAUAAAAAAAACAAUCCAAACAGAACUGUGUUAGUUACAGAUGCAGCUUUUCUAGGAAUAUUCACCGCUCAGUUUCUGUUCCGUGGGUCGGACGACGCAGUCUUACAGAAUUAAUUAAUCACCACUUGUGGCCACUGUUCCUCAGCUUUAAAACUGAAAAUAAAUCUUUUCCAGUGAUUAUUUAUAGUCACAGUUAAACACAAGAUAUAUAAUGAUUGGUUGUCUUAAGUGUUUCGAGGAUCUGUCCUAUUUUGUAAAUCCGUCAUGCAUUGACUCUUAUCACAGGUCAGAGUCCCGGCUCUUACAUAAGUCCUGACACAACGCAAACUGUGAAAGGUCGAAUGAGAGACUCAGGAAAACAAGAAAGACAUUUAAAACAACAGUAUAACAACAAAUUAUACAUUUCAUGUUAUACAUUAAACACAGAGUUGUGUAACUCAGUCAAAGUCUGGAUUUCAAAAUAAGUGGAUGCAAAGGUGUUUCUAUUGCUGCACACUCACAUAAGAAAUUAACCCGAUA